GCUAGGCGCUUCCUCGUUUGGGUAGUCGUAGAGCAACCAGAGGGGAGGCUUGUGAUCAGUCCCGAGGUGCGCCGCCGGCCAGCAGCACACCGACCAGCACACCCGACCAACGACCAGAGGCACGACGAUCCGCAUCGCCAGCAAAGGCACCAGCAAAAGCACCAGCAAAAGCACCAGCAAACGCACCAGUACCAGCAAAGGCACCAGCAAACGCACCAGCACCACCGCCGGCAUGGACGACAGCGUGGUCAUCUCGGGGGUGGGCGGCCACUACCCGGAGUGCGACAACCUGCAGGAGUUCCGCGACGCGCUCAUGAGCGGCGCCGACGUCAUCACGGACAGCCACGAGAGGUGGAAGCCCGGUCGCCUCGGCCUUGUGGGCAAGACGGGCAAGGUGUCCGGCAUCGACAAGUUCGACGCCACGUUCUUCGGCAUGCACCGCAAGCUCACGGAUGCGACCGACCCUCUGUCCAGGGUCCUCAUGGAGCGUGCGUUCGAGGCCAUCAUAGACGCUGGAAUCAAUCCCUCCAGCAUCCGAGGCUCCCGCACAGCGGUGUUCAUGGCCUCGGCGAUCAGCGAGUCGGAGAACAUUUUCAUCCAGACGACGGCCGAGAACGGCUUCGGGAUCAUGGGCCACAACCGGUCCAUGAUGGCCAACCGGAUCUCGUUUUUCUUCGACUUCCGAGGUCCGAGCUACGCGCUCGACACCGGCUUCUGCAGCGGCCUGUCCGCGCUGGAGCUGGGCAAGAGGGCCAUCGACAGCGGGGAGGUGGACUACGCACUCGUUGGCACGGCCACCCUGUCCUUCCAGCCGGAGGUCACCCAGCACUUCCACGAUCUGCACAUGGUCUGCGAGGACGGCGUGACGAAACCUUUCCACAAGGACGCUAACGGCUGGGUGCGCUCCGAGGCCGCCAUCUGUAUGCUGCUGCAGCGGAAGAGUACAGCCCGCCGAAUCUACGCCUCUGUGGAGCAUGCCAAGGUCAAGAAGUUCGGCAAGGACCACCAUGCGCCGCUGCUCACUUUGGACAAGCGCCGAUUCGUGCAGCACCUAUACGAGUUCUACGAGGAACUGGAGGAGAAGACAGGCAUCGUCCCGAGUGACAUCGGCUACUUGGAGGCGCAGAGCGGGGGCCUGAAGGUGUACGACGAGCUGGAGGUGUCCGCCGUGGACCAGGCCAUCUGCUCUCGUCGCACCACGCCCCUGCUCAUUGGCAGCGUUAUGGGGCAGAUGGGACACGGUGAGGCGACCUCGGGACUCAUUGGGCUCAGCAAGAUACUGGUCGCCAUGGAGUCCGGCGUCAUCCCAGCCACGAUGCACGUGGACAACAACAACAUCAACCCGAACCUGCGCGCCAUCCUCGAGGGUCGCCUGCAGGUUGUCACGGAGCACACCCCUUGCGACAACGCGCUCUUCGCCAUCAACAACUUCGGCUUAGCUAACCAGUUCGGGCACGCCGUGCUGCGCGCUAACCCCAAGGCCAAAAAGUUAGAAUCGUUCAAGCCUACGGAGAUCAUCAACGUGGGACACGCCGAGGUGCGCAAAGAUGGCGGCCUCCUCCCCUUAAAGCCCAUCCCAAAAAUGGUGUUCGUGUCUGCGAGGAACGAGGAGCGGCUUGCUGGAGCUCUGGAGAAGCUAAAAGCGAUCAAGGAGGACGACCCCGAGUACGCGCGCCUGAUGCACGAGGUGUACUCGUCGCACCUCCACGGGCACCUCCAGCGCGCCUACACCUUCAUACCGGCCGGCGAGGGCGACGACGCGUUGCCCUCCAGAAACGCUCCGCACGGCGGAGCCCAGCGCCCCGUGUGGUUCGUGUACUCCGGCAUGGGCAGCCAGUGGCCGGGGAUGGCGCGCCACCUGCUCCGCGUGCCCGUCUUCCGCAGGGCCGUGCAGCGCUGCCACGACGCCCUGGUGCCUCACGGCGUCGACCUGCUCCACAUCAUCACCUCCGAGGACCCCGCCAUCUACGACAACAUCUUGCACUCGUUCGUGGGCAUCGCGGCGGUGCAGGUGGGGCUCACGGACGUGCUCACGGCGCUGGGCAUCCACCCCGACGGCAUCAUCGGGCACUCGGUGGGCGAGCUGGGCUGCGGAUACGCCGACGGCUGCUUCACCGCGGAGCAGAUGAUGCUGGCAGCGCACGCUCGCGGCAGGGCGUCCAUCGAGACCACGCUCGUCAAGGGGAUGAUGGCGGCUGUGGGGCUCGGCUACGAGGAGGUGAAGGACAUGCUGCCCCCCACCAUCGAGGUGGCGUGUCACAACUCCAAGACCAGCAGUACCAUCUCCGGCCCGGCUGAGGACGUGCAGCACUUCGUGGCGACACUCAAGGACAAGGGCGUGUUCGCCAAGGCCGUCAAUGUGUCCAACAUAGCGUACCACUCGCAGUACAUCGCGCCCGCAGGACCCAAGCUGUUGUCCCUACUGAAAGACGUCCUGCCCGAGCCCAAGCCUCGCUCCGAGCGCUGGGUGUCCACGAGCGUCCUGGAGGAGCGCUGGGGCGAACCGCUGGCGCAGACCUCGUCAGCCGAAUACCACACCAACAACCUCUUGAGCCCCGUGUUCUUCGAGGAAAGCUCGCGUAAGAUCCCCAAGGAUGCCAUCGCCAUUGAAAUUGCACCUCAUGGGUUGCUCCAGGCCAUCCUCCGACGCUCUCUCGACCAGCUCGCCACCAACGUGCCUCUCACAAAGAAAGACGCUACGGACGGGGCCUUGUUCCUACUCGAGGCCAUUGGCAAACUGUACCUGGCCGGGCUAAACCCGCAGAUCCAGAACCUGUACGACCCCGUGGAAUUCCCCGUGUCGAGAGGCACGGCCCCGCUCAGCCCGCUGGUGGGCUGGGACCACACGGAGACGUGGUACACCGGCCGCUAUUCCCAGCAGGAUGACUUCGUUCCCGGAGAGAAGCACUUCUUCCUCCGUUCCCUGGACCCCGCCUACGCGCCGUACCGAGAUUGCAUCUGGCAGGGCCGUAGCAUCAUCACGCCUGCCGUCUGCCUGGAAAAUGUGGCCAGCGUAAUCAACCUUAUUAACGACGAUGACGUCCCGGUCGUGUUUGAGGACGUCCAGUUCUGCCACAUCAUGGACAUGCCCGUUAUCGAGGAGGCGUACGUGUACAUCAUGUACCAGCGCGGCAGCGGACACUUCGAGGUGUCGCUGGACUUGAAGGUACUAGUGCGGGGCCGUGCCUAUACGCCAUGGGACGGCGCUAAAGGCAUCAAAAAGAUGUGGGCAAGGCUACCCGCUAGCCAGGACGAAGGACACACCCUCUCCUCCCAGGACGACGUGUACGACGAGUUGCGUCGCCGCGGUGUGUACGUCGACGGCAAGCUCAAGGCAAUUAAGAAUGUUGUCGCAUCGCAUUCUGACGUCCUGGGUCGCGUGGUGAACAUCAACAACCGCAUGCUGCAGUUGGACGCACUGCUGCAAGUGUACACGCUGCUGGACUCGGAGACGCGCUCCGAGCUGCGGGUGCCGCACCGCGUGCGGAGGAUCAUCCUGGACUCGGACCGCACGCUCCUGCACGAGGACGGGCCCGAGGGCGAGCAGGAGGAGGAGGAGCAGCCCACCGAGACUAAGGUCCGGAAGGACAUAGACAGGCCGCUCCUCCAGGACCUCGUGUUCCGCCUGCACCGCGCCACCUCAACGCUCCGCUGCGCCAACAUGGAGAUCUCGGGCGUCGAGACUAGGCCAUUCCCCUCCCAGGACGGGCACCGCCACCUCGCCGUCGACCUGGAGCAGCUCGUGAUCCACGGCGAUCAUCCAGCCGCUAUGCAGAAUUCCCAGGAGAUGCUUGCCGCGGCUGUACAGCUCGCCACCCAGCAGGCUGCUCUGCAACCGCUGAGCCGCAAGAGUACCGAGACCGUGGUGGGGCUCUUGCAGGGGACGAGCGCUGCUCUGGAGCAGCAGCUGCAGUCAAUCGCGCAGCGUUCGGGCGGGGUGCUGGUGCGCCGCUUGGCCGCGCAGGAGGCCGUCGACUGCGACCUCCUGGUGGGCGUAGACGCGCACGCCGCCGCGCCCCUUCUGGCCCCGCACGCCGUCUUGCUGGCCGAGCUGCCCACAGAGCAGCCAAUCCCAGCUGUGCCCGAGGUGACCGUGCUACUGCAGCAGGCCUUCGGUGCGCGUCGCCUGGUGUUGUUCAAAAAGCCGCAGGCCGUGCUGCACUCUCCGCACCAGGUGGUGGAGGUCGACAGCGCCUCGCAGGUGGCAGUGCUGCAGGUCCCGGCCACGGGCGUCACCUACGUCGUGUGGCACUCCAUGCCCGAGCAAGGCAUCCCCGCCCUGCUCCGGGACGUGGUCCGCUCGCUCCCGGGCGCACACCGCGUCCGAUCUGUGUUCCUGCUGGACGCCACGGCGCCCAAGUUCUCUCCAACGCACCCGUUCUUCACGGGUCAGAUGAAGCUCGGCCUUGCAGUGAACGUGCUGCUGAACGGCGCCUGGGGGAACCUCUACCUCAAGCCCAAGCCGAUCGUGCAGCACGAGGCCGGCCGAAGGGAGCUGCGCGUCAACAGGGUGUCCGACAUUCCAAACAUGAACGUCCAAUACCUCGGCCUGAACGGUUCCAUCAUGGAGCCCACCAAUGUUAAGGUCCGCGAUGGGUACAUCCUGGACAUUAAUUGGCCGCCUAAGGAGGAACAGCCACGGGGGGUGGGUCUGCUGGACUACGCGGGGACCAAGGAGGGCGUCGCCGUCAUGGGUGUCAUGGACACCGAGACCAUGGCCGUGGACAGCCUCCUGCAGUGGGCCGUACCCAAAGGGUGGAGCCUGGAGGACGCCGCCACCGUGCCGUACGCCUACGCCAUGGCGUACACGGCCCUGGUUCACACGGCAAAACUGCUGCCCCGAGAAAGGGUUCUGAUCCACGACGGCUGGUCCGCCAUCGGCCAGGCGGGCAUCGACGUGGCCCUGGCGACCGGCGGCGACGUGUACACGACGUACCGGACCGAGGAGGAGCACGGCCUCAUCCUGCAGCGCUUCCCCCAGCUCCCGCCAGACCACGUUCUGAACCUCCAAGGCGAGCUGUUCGAGCUGGACUUGAGCAAGGCAUUCGAGGACAGCAACUAUAUGCGGCGCGGGUACCGCGUGCUUCUGAGCACCUUGAGUGGCGAGGGACUCUGGGCGUCGCUGCGGAGGAUGGCGAUCAACGCUCGCGUCGUGCAGAUCAACGGUUCGGACAGCAUGACCGGAACUCGCAUGGGAAUGAACUUGUUCAUCAAGAGCGUCUCCUUCUACGCCAUGGACUCCACUGGGCUGUUGCACUUGUCCGACGACGUCCGACGCAGGGUGCACGGUCUAGUGCAGGCCGGGCUGGACAACGGCGUGGUGCGGCCCUUGGACAGGACCGUCUUGCCCAUCUCGCACGUCAAGGAGGCCGUCAGUUAUCUGGACGGGGACUCUACGGCCAAGGCGUGCCUGACGACGCGACGCUUUCAGGUGUCCUCUCGCCAAGACGAGGUGAUCCAGGCUCUUGACGGAGUCCUCCGCGGGCCCGGGCGCGAGUCGGUGCUGCUGGUGGCCGUGGAAAUGUCCUCGCCGAGCAGACGCGUCGCUGCGGCCUGCGCGGCCCGGAGGCGCGCGGGCGGCCGCUCCAGCCUGGUCGCCCUCGGGGUGACCGAGCCCCACCUGCGCGUACUCGCCCUGGACAACGCCUUUGCCGACCCCCAGCCCGUCCUGCACGUCAACCUGGUGCGCGGCGACCUCCACGAGGCCACGCUCAAGGAUCAGCUAGGAGAGCUGCUGCCGCAGUCCCAGGCCGCCCUCGUGGCCCUGGCCAACAGCACGUCCCCGUACACACGCACCGUGCCGUUGCCCUCCUCCUUCGGUGGCCCCAAAGCCAAGUCGCACGAGGUGCCACCUGUCUUCCUGGUAGGUGGCCUCGCGGACUCGCCCGUCGAGCAGAUGAAGCCCCUCGCGAGGCUGCUGAUGGCCAACGCCGUGUUGCUGGUGCCUGGAGCCGAGGACGCCGACGUCCCCUCGAUGGCCGCUAGCAUGGUGAAGGAGAUCCUCGCGCACCAGGCCACCGGCCCGUAUACCGUGGUGGCUCGCGGUUGGGCGGGCUGCGUGGGUCUGGAGAUGGCCCGCCUGCUGGAGCAGAGGGGGGCACGGGUGGCGCUCAUGCUGCUGGACUGCGCGCCCCGGGACCUGCAGGCCGCCGUGCAGGGGCUGGAGCGGGGCGGACAGAGACAUGCUGGUACACUGCAGGCGUGGCUGCUCUGCAGCCUCCUCCACAUGGCUCCCUCGACCUACGACGUGAUCGAGGCGCUGCCGUCCUGGCCUGCCCGUCUAGAACACGCCCUCGAUGUGACGAUGGGAUCCUCGCCACAGCGCGCCGCGGUCGCCAAGGCCCUUGACCUGGUGUUCGUCCGCCUGCGCGCGCUUGCAAACUAUAGCACCGACUUUAAGCUAAAGCAGACCGUGGUCACACUGCUGAGGCCGACCGGUGCCGAGCCGGACGACUACCGCGGCUUGGACAAGGUGAGCGAGCUCAACGUGAUGGUCGAGGUGGUGGACAGCGCGCUCGGCACCGCCGACUACUGGAGGGCCGCCGCCAGGAUCGUCAGCAGCGGAUUGUACGUCGGCUCCAAGCCCAUGCACCAACUCGUCAUCGGCAAGCAGGUCUGCAGCGAUAACCUGUGGUCGCGCCUGCGGUAGGCGAAUGUCACCACAGCCCUUUAGUGUGCUGCGUGGAGCGGCGCGGCCGUGGGCCGAGGGAGAACUCCUGCUGCAACCUGCAAGGAAUUAGGUACUUUAUUAGUUGUUCGAAUAAUGUAUUGAUGAAAUCUGUAAGACUUUCGAGUGGAUA